UAUCCUUAAUUAAAGUCGGAGAAUGUUUAUGGAGGUUUAAGAAGAAACUUCUAAGUGUAGAGAUGAGGUGGUGGUAGUGGUAUGUUUUGUGUCCGACUUAUGCAGAAAUGUUGGGAAUCCUUUGCUCUCGGCAGGUUGUAGACAAACUUGCGCCCAAACAGGUGGCUGACUGUCGCCAUCCCUAGAAAGCGCUGGUAUUUUUUAAGACAAAAAAGGGAGAAAAUGGAAAAAUCUUGUACUUGCGUGACGCAAUACGGUGAAAGUAAAUAGAUGUAUUUCACUAGAUACUGUUUGCUCCGUAUGCACCGUUUCGGUAUCUGACAAUACAUUGUGCUUUUUGGCUGUUAUUAUGCAUUACAUUUCAAAGAUCUCCUAAAAGCGCUUCCCCCGCCUGUAAGCCAUGUAUGAUGCCAACAUCUGUCUGGUUUCACAAAUGACCAUUCGGCCCUGUGCCCUAUGCUGACCUUCCACAUCCCUGACCAGGAUAAGCGGUUAGAAGAUGGAUGGAUGGAGAUACACUUUCAUAGCUAUAAGGAAUGACGGUGCGUUUUAACCGUCUGUGCAUCAGUUUUCCGCACCUAUUCUGGACCUAGGUGAUCCAAACCCUUUCAGCAGAGUAGACAGUGCGUGUGCGAGCGUGAGGGGCGAUGAGCACUCAGGAUCUGUCGCCGACGGCGAUGCCAGAAGCAAACAAGCCGGGAUUCCCGAAGACCAUACUGGCCAACAAACUUGAGGACAAGCAUCUGUGCAACUGCUGCCGGAACAUUCUGAGGAGACCGUUCCAGGCCCAGUGUGGCCAUCGAUUCUGUUCAUACUGCUUUAACAGGACUGUCAGUUCUGGGCCGCAGAAAUGCAGUGCUUGCAUUGAAGAAGACAUAUUUGAGGAGCCCAUGUCUAUCCUCAAGCCGGGCUGUGCCUUCCCAGAUAACGCUGCUCGCAGAGAGGUCGAGAACCUUGCCGCAGUUUGCCUAAACGAGGGAUGUACCUGGAAAGGCAGUAUUAAAGAAUACGAGCUGAACCAUGAGGCUAAGUGCGAGUUCAUGGUCAUCGCCUGUCCCUCCUGCAAAGAGCACAUCCGUUUUAGCGAGCAAGAGCGUCACAAUGAGCGAGAGUGCUCUGAAAGGACCCUCAACUGCAAGUACUGCAAGGAACCGUUCCACUUUAAGAACAUUAAGGCUCACGAUGAGAUCUGUCCCAAGUAUCCUAUGAUUUGUGAGGGCUGUGCGAAGAAGAAGAUCCCCAGAGAGAAGUAUGUGGACCAUAUCAAAUUCUGCAGUAAAUUCAGGACCCCCUGCAGAUUUCACGUCGUGGGGUGUGAUAUGUCUGUGGAGAAGGAAAAGAUCCACGAGCAUGAGCGGGCCUGCUCCUAUGAACACCUCAACCUGCUGCUGCACUACAUCAUGGGUCUGAAAGUGAACCUGGAGGGCAUGCAGCCGCAGAGUCUCGAGCUGGCCAGCCACAAAAUCCACGAGCUGCACCAGUCACUGCGGGACCUGGAGGCCAAGGUGGGCCAGCUGGGCUCACCACCUGCUCCCGCUCAGGCCGUUGCAGCUGCCGCGCCCGCCCCACCGCCGCCCCCGCCCACACUGCCCACCUCCUUCACGCCGCUGCCCAGUGCUGCUGGUGCCGCACUGGAGCUGCAGCUGCAAAGCGAGAAGGCCAAGGUGGCCGAGCUAGGACGUCGCUGCCAGGAGCUGGAGCUGAAGGCGGGGGCCUUUGAGGGCGCCGUGUGCACGUUGAACCGCGAGGUGGAGCGCUCCGCCACCAACCUGGAGGCCAACGUCCGGCAGCACCGGCUGGACCAGGAGAAGAUCGAGGCUCUCGGAAAUAAGGUGCGGCAGCUGGAGAGGACGGUGGGCUUGAAGGACCUGACCAUCAGCGAGAUGGAGAGCAGGUUGCGUGAGAUGUCCGCCACCACCUUCGACGGCGUCUUCGUCUGGAGGAUCUCGGACUUCGCCAAGAAGAGGCAGGACGCCAUAGCGGGCCGAGCCCCUGCCAUGUUUUCCCCAGCAUUCUACACCAGUAAAUACGGCUACAAGAUGUGUCUGCGGAUCUAUCUGAACGGCGAUGGCACGGGCCGGGGCAGCCACCUCUCCCUGUUCUUCGUGGUGAUGCGGGGGCUCAGCGAUGCCCUACUCAAGUGGCCCUUCAAUCAGAAGGUGACGCUGAUGCUGCUGGAUCAGAGCAACCGCGAGCACAUCAUCGACGCCUUCCGGCCCGACGUCAGCUCCAGCUCCUUCCAGAGGCCCGUCAGCGAGAUGAACAUCGCCAGUGGCUGCCCGCUCUUCUGCCCGCUCUCCAAGCUCGACUCCAAGAACACCUACAUCCGAGACGACACCAUCUUCAUCAAGGCCAUCGUGGACCUGACCGGACUGUAGCCCCCCACCAUCCCUCCUCAGUGCUCCAUGCCCA